AUGCGGAAUCGCGGUGCCAGUCCAGACGGAGAGCCGAAUGUGUCGUCCAAUGACGGCGCGGAAGAGAUGACGCUGUCCGGCGAGCCCGUUGCCGGCCGCUACAAGAAAGGCGGGGAGCUGAGCGACGCGGAGUUUCUGGCGGUGCACGGCAAGACGAGAGCGCAGAUCGCGGAGGAGAAGCGGCUUGUGGAGGCUCAGGGGAUGGAGAUUAACUACCUCGUGCCGCCGCGGUCGACGAAGCUGUCGGACGUGAUCGCAGUGUUUAUCGCGCACAUGCUGCCGUUCACGCUCGCUCCUUUCAUCCUCACAAUAAUAGUCGUGUACAUCUCGUACAUGUUGCUGGGGUGGCUGGGACCGCUCAUCUCCUUCCUCGUGCUCUUCUACCUCACCGUCUGCCGGAUGCAUUACGACCCCAACACGCGCCGCAAGUACCAGGAACUGUACCUGAAGAUGGCGCGGUAUAUGGUAUCAGUGCGCAUGGUCACGCCCAGGGACCCCAUCCCCGACGGGCCGUACAUCUUUGCAUUCCACCCGCACGGCCGCAUGUUCUACUCCACCUCGCUCAUCAUCCAGUCCCACGAGCUGUGGCGGAAGCACUUCUGCCCCAAAGCAGGGGCGUUCUUCGUGGUGCCCAUUGUGCGCAACAUUCUCAACAACCACUCACUCCUGCCCUCGCACAAGCCUUCUAUCACAUACGCCUCCCACCUGCUCCCACCUCCCCCAGGCGACUUCUUCGGGUCAGCAGCGGGGGCGUUCUUUGUGGUGCCCAUUGUGCGCAACAUUCUCAACAACCUGGGGCUCGUGUCCGUGGAUAAGCCUGCCAUCGUGCGCACGCUCCGGAACAAGAACCAUGUGACAAUAACAAUCGGCGGGGUGAAAGAGAUAUGCCUGGGCACCAGCCCCGAUUACGACACGCUCUACCUCAUGAAACGAAAGGGGUUCAUUAAAGUGGCGAUGGAUGAGAAGGUGGGCAUCGUGCCCAUCUACAACUUCAAUGAGAACCAGAUCUUCCGGCCAGAGCCGCACUGGUUCCUGGCGUUCUGGGAGUCGGUGAACAAUUACGUGGGCCUGGGCGUGCCAGGCAUGAGAGGCUACCUGCAGAUGCCCAUGCCCUUCCGCAAGGAGCUGCUCUUCGUGGUGGGCAAGCCAUUGUUCACAAAGGAUGGGGAGGCGGUGGACGAGUUUCAUGCACGCUACAUGGACGCACUCAAGCAGCUCUUCGACACCUACCUGCUUUUCGUGGUGGGCAAGCCGUUGUUUGCAAAAGAAGGAGAAACAGUGGACGACUUCCAUGCGCGCUACGUGGAGGCUCUCAAGCAGCUCUUCGACACCUACGUCCCCAUCUCGCCCCACCCCUCACACAAACUCGUCAUCACAUAG